AUGUCAUGGAAUACACCUCAGGGUGCUCCUCCAUAUGGUCAACCAAGGCCUUCCUUUCUUCCUUCGCAAUCUAGACCUGGUUUUCAAGCUACCUCAACCUAUGCAACUAGACCGGUCGCGAGUCAACCCUUUGCACCAGGUCAAGCGCCUCCUUAUGCGUCUACAGCCGUACGGGUUUGGACAGAGCAUACUGCCCCAGAUGGACGCACAUAUUAUUAUAACACUGUCACCAAACAAAGUAGUUGGGACAAACCCGAUGAACUGAAAACUCCCGAAGAGCGAGCUUUAGGCUCUUGUCCUUGGAAAGAGUUCACUGCAGAUGGUGGCCGCAAGUAUUUUUAUAACUCUAUUACUAAAGAAUCUAAAUGGGAAAUGCCUGAUGAAUACAAAGAAUUUCUCGAUAAACUGGAGAUGGAAAAGAAACUACAACAGAACAGCGAAUCAUCGCCUCAAACUAAUGGAAAUGUAGUUUCACCUAAUCAACAAGAUUUUGAGCGGGCUCGUCAAUUGAGCACACCGGCAGUCAGUCCAAUUAAUACAACUCCAAUAAAUGUUUCUACUAGACCGCUAGGACUAGCCGGAUCCCAUAUACCAAUUGUCUCUAUUCAGCAAUCCGAGCCAGUAAAGGUCGAAUUCGAUACCAAAGAAGAAGCUGAAGCUGCAUUUCGCGAAAUGCUUAAAAAAUCUGGAGUCAAGUCUGACUGGUCUUGGGAACAAACUAUGAGAGCAACCAUUUCAAGCCCAAUGUACCGUGCACUCAAGACCUUGAACGAACGUAAACAAGCGUUUGAAAGAUAUGUAGAUGACCUUAUUAAGAAAGAAGAGGAGGAAAAGAAAGCAAAAGUUGUUAAAAUUCGACAAGAUUUUAUCUCAUUGCUAAAUUCUCAUCCUGAUAUCAAUUCAUCGACACGUUACAGAAAAGUAUGUGAUCUUCUUGGUGAAGAGCCUGCAUUUUUAGCGAUAGAAGAUGACAGAACACGUGAAGAAAUUUUCAGUGAAUAUGUAUAUGACUUGCGAAAACAAGAAAAGGAAAUUCAGCGAGCUGUUCGUAAAGAAAAUAAGGAGAAAUUUAGUCAACUUUUGCGGUCUCUUCCAAGCAUCACCGAAGCCACUCGAUGGGCUGAAGCACAAACCAUAUACAUGAAUACUCCCGAAUAUCAACAAGACAAAUCUCUUCAAGAUAUGGAUAUGUUGGAUUUCCUGGCCGUCUACGAGGAGCACGUCAGAAACUUAGAGCGGGAGACAACAGAAAAGAAAAAGCGGGAAGUUGAAUUACAAGCGAGACAACAACGCAAAAAUCGGGAUGCCUACAGAGUUUUUAUGGAAGAAUUGCGCCAAAAGAAUGUGAUAACCGCUAAAUCUAAAUGGAAAGAAAUAUAUCCACUUAUUCAUACGGAUGAAAGAUAUCAAAAUAUACUCGGACAACCAGGUUCCAAUCCUCUCGAAUUAUUCUGGGAUGUUGUCGAAGAGCUUGAUGAGAUUUUGUAUUCACAUCGUAAAAUUGUGAAUGAAAUUAUGAAAUCAAAAGAUAUCUCAAUGUCUUCCGGAUUCACAUUUGAGGAAUUUCAAGAAAUUCUCAGUUCAGAUGAACGUAUUUCUUCAAUUAAUGAGACUAAUCUCAAAAUAAUUUUUGAGCAGCUACAACGAAGACAAGAAAAGAAACAGCGUCGAAAAUUAGAUGCGUUUAAAUCAAUUCUCAAACAUUUGGAAUCAACGUUUACACCUGAAACUACUUGGGAACAGGUACGACCAAUUAUAGAGAAAACCGAAGAAUUUCAAGCAGUUGGCUCAGAAGAACAACGAAUAGAAAUUUUCACUAAAUUUAUGGAAAGAGUUAAGGAAAAGCGUAUGGAAAAAAGUGAUCGUAAGAAAAAGCAUAAAAGUCACCGAUCAUAUCAUCAUCGUCGGACUCAUCAUUCUGACUAUUCGGCUGAUAGUGCUGAUCUUUCCGACAAAGAGAAAGAUGGUAGUGAUAAAAGGAAGCGACGAAAGACAAAACUCAAAUAUGAGUCAAGACAUAUAGAACCAAGAUAUCAAGAGUACAGCAAAUUAACUGAUCCAAAACAUGGUGAAUAUAAACCUCUGUCCCCAAAGUCAGAGCUUAUCAAACAAACAUCCCCGAAGCCAGAAGAAUCAGUUAAAUUUCAAUCGCCUAUUCGAGAUUUUCCUCAACGAGAGGUUAGCAAACAUGCAGAUUCAAGCGCGGAAGAAGGCGACUAUGUGCAAAUUCAUGAAUACAAUGAAGAAUAUGGCUUUGGGAAUGUGGAUCCACGAAA